AUGAAUUCAAAUGGUUUUUCAGAUUCAUCUUCAAAUGAAAUAAAUGAAAUUUUUAAUAAGCUUCCUGAUUCACGACAAAGUAAUAAAAAAAGCAUUCGAGUCUUUCUUCAAAACAUUAACCUGCUACCCAAUAAAAGUCAACCUAUGGUUAAAUCUUUUAUAAAUAAAUAUCCGCUCGUUGAAACUACACUGGAACUUCUUGAUAUAUGUACUUCGGUAAAUACUCGAUCUAAAAGGAAAAUACCUAGGCCUCAAAACGCUUUUAUUCUUUUUAGAAAAAAUAUCCAUAAAGAAUUUAAGGAUUUUCUCACGUUCGAAGAAAUUUCAAAGUUGGCAUCGCAUCAAUGGAAAUCGGCUGAUAAAUAUUUUUGGAAUGAAUUAUCAAGAAUCUCCAAAUCGAUUCACUCUCUUAAAAAUCCGGGAUAUAUUUAUAACCCUCGUGAUACUAAUGAACCAAAUCCUAAUGUACCGCCGAUCUUCGAUGGAUAUAUUUAUAACCCUUUACUAAAUCCUAACACACAGAUCUUCAAUGGAUUUAUUUAUAACUUUUUACCAAAUCCUAAUGAGCAGCCGCCGAUCUUCGAUUAUAACCCUUUACCAAAUAAUCUUGAUUUUUAUGAAAGUAAUCUUUUUAAAGAAAGUUAA